CAGGUGUUACCCCUUUGUCUCCCACUUAGUUACCACUUACUUCUCUCGCCUCUCCUAUGAAAUCCGAAUACAUCCCCAUCCUUUAUAAUGGACGAUAUCCAGCAGGAAAAGAUAAUAUCCCUCAUCAAGGAUGGAGAUCUGAGUCGACUGAUUCCUACCUUGGAAGGCGUUCUACAGAAGCAGGAGGAACAACUCACCUCGACCACCGACCCAACCAUCUUGCUCCAGACUGCAAUUCAGGCCAUGCAGCUAGAUGUGCUAGACUACCUGUUGACCCUGUUUUUCGCACAGGAGGGAGGCAAGCCGAAAGAGGGCCACUUGCGACUGCUGGGCCGGGUUGUGAUCCUGGAAGCCCUGGACCGCGAUCGAGUGCCAGUGUUUGAGUUGCUCUGCCGUCACGAUCCAGCGCUCCAAACCAUGUAUGUUGGCCAUACGGGACCCCCGCUCGCAUGGGCCGCGAAGUUCGAGAACCUCGCGCUGGUCUCCUUCUUGCUGGCUCGCGGCGUGGAACCGAACAAGACACAGAUAGAUCAUCGCCCAGCAGUAUCAAUAGUGGCGGGCUGGGGGUCCUGUGCCGUGAUGGAGUUGCUGUUAGACCACGGCGCCGUCGUCUCGGGGACCGAUGCACUGUUCAACGCCGCGUUCCAGAGACGCAUUGACAUGCUGGCUCUCCUGCUUGAGACGAGGAAGGCGGCAGACAUCAACUCGAUUCAACCGGACCGGUCCUCCACUUGGCUGUCCGGAAGAGGAACGCGAAAGUGGUUCGCAUGUUGA